AUGUCUUUCAUACACAAUGAGUCCGUUGAAUGCGCAAAAUCAGAGCUGGAUCUUUUUGACGUACCUCCAACGCAAACUAGCGUGGAGAAGAGUCUAUACGUCGAGGUUCAACCUUUAGCAGCGUUAUCCGAGACAGCACCGCUGGAAUUUUAUAUAGCGGCCAGUGGUGAACAUUACUACGAUCUGAACAACACUCUGCUGUACGUGACGUGUAAGAUCGUACGAACCGACAACAAUCCGAUACCCCAAGGGGCACGGGUAGCCCUUAUUAAUUAUCCCGUAGCGACUUUGUUCAGUCAGGUGGAUGUUUCUUUGGGUGACAGACUCAUAUCUCAAUCCAACAAUCUUUACGCCUAUCGAGCAUACAUUGAGACCAUAUUGAAUUACAGCUCUGAUGCUUUAUCCACAAAGCACGCAACAGGCUUAUUUUACAAAGAUGUGGCUGGAGAACAUAACCCCAGGGCUCUGGAUGGGGCAAAUACAGGCUUUAUAAAGCGCGCGAGAGCAACAGCGCUGGGUCGCAUAGUUGAAUUACUGGGUCCUCUGCACUGCGACCUUUUUCAUCAACAUAAACUUAUCUUAAAUGGUGUUGAUUUGAAUAUAAAACUAACCAGAAACAAAGACAUAUUCUGCUUAAUGUCAGCGGAGGCAGAUGCCUUUAAAAUACAGAUCGUCGCAGCUUCGUUGUUUGUGAAAAGAGUUCAGGUCUCGCCGGCCGUCUGGAUCGGACAUGCGCAGGCUUUGCUGAACGGCAACACAAAAUAUGCAAUUGAUCGUGUAGGGAUGAAAAUCUACAGUGUUCCUACAGGCAGUAGAGUGUUUAAUUUAGAAAAUUUGUUUUUAGGACAAGUGCCAAAAACAGUCAUAGCUGCGUUUGUAGACAACAAAGCAUUUUCAGGAACUUAUGAUCGGAACCCAUUACGUUUUGAACAUAAAAACUUAAAUUUUGCAUCUCUCUACCUGGACGGAUCCCCGCACCCGGCCAAGCCAUUUCAACCAGACUUUGAACACAGUAAUACUGUGCGUGAGUACGUGUCGCUCAUACAGAUUACAAAUAAGCAGAAAUCAGAUUCUGGUAUACUGAUUGACCGUGAAGAGUACCUCGAUGGUUACACGCUUUUCGCUUUCGAUCUGUCACCUGAACAGGAGUGUGUGGAACACCUAUCGUUAAUAAGAACAGGCAAUUUACGUGCAGAAUUCCGCUUUGUAGAAGCGCUGGACUGGACAGUCAAUGUAAUAAUAUACGCUUUAUUUGAUAAUAUCAUUGAGAUUAAUCAAAGGCGCGAUGUGUUGUACGAUUAUCUAUAA